GCAUAGAAGAAGAAAAUUACACUAAGUCUGUAUCAUAGUUAAACGAUUAAAGUGUAGAAGGAAAAUUCUAUAAUCCAUGUGCCGUAAAAAUUUUAAUGUGAAUGAAUAUUGAAGAAACGUUCAAAAAAAGGGAUUGUGAAAUGUACAUAGAAGCCUGACCAGUUUACUCUUUAUAUAUUUUUGUUGUAUAUUUCCUCGUUCCGGAGUAAUUUCGUGUUUCUAUUCUGCAAGAAAAUCUUCGUUCAAAAAAUGUUUGCGGCAUUCUUUGUUUUUCUCUUUGUGACGACAUAUGCUGCAGAGAAACUACCAUCCUACAUUCAUGUGUGUGGCCGGAAAGACCCCAAUUAUAAUGAAUGCUUUAUGAACAGCGCCAACAUUGCAAAGAGUAGGGUCUGUACAGGGAUGCCGGAAUUUGACAUUCCUCCUAGCGAGCCAAUAAUUAUUGACAAAAUAGUUGUUUACAACACAACUAAUCUUAAAUUAAAUCUUGAAGAUGUAAAAGUAACAGGAUUUUGCAAUUUCGAAAUAAAGUCUAUUAAUACAUCCUCCGAUAGGCUUCAUUUCGUAAUGGAUGUCGUGCAAAAACAUAUUGAUGUGGACUCCAAGUAUGACGUCGACAUACGUAUAUUGGUAUCAUUUGUUAAUAAGGGAAUGAUUCACGUUUCUCUAGAUAACGUAGAUGGAAUAUUGAGCGUUGAUUUAAAAAUAGAAACUAAAAAUAAUAAAACAGAAAUAUAUGCAUCGAAAGUAAAUCUUGAUAUCCGUCUUAAAACAUUCAAAGUUGAAUUUGAUAACAGCGAAAAAGACUUGGUUCAAUUACAUGAAGCUAUUAGACAAGUCGUAAACGAUAAUCAACAGGAGUUGAUUAAUAAAAUUGAGCCAGUAAUGGAAAAGAAGUUCUCCGAAAUA